GAGGAACUCCCACAACCUGGUGAGAGGACACAGGAGCGGGUGACAGAUACAUUAUUCAGAGCAUUCAAAAAGAGCAAAACACCAGUUUUUCUCCUUUUUCUUGAUUUUUUUUUUGCAUUGUUUUCUUUGUUGGAUUCAGAGCAUAGUGAGGAACAAUGAGGAAGCCAAUAGUGUUUGUACUUUUGCUCCUAAGCAUGGCUAUGGAGGUGAGCGGCGCUAAAGACAAGGCAAAGGGAUCCGUAAAAGAAAACCCCAAAUCUGCAAACUCAAAGGAAAGCAAAGAAACCGAGAAGAUUCCUGCAAAGCACAGCUCUUCCUCUGGUUUUUCAGGUAACCUGCUGGUGGUGCCCAUGGAUGGGAGUCACUGGGUGGGCAUUAAAGCCAUCGCUCAGGAAAUGGGUCGGCGUGGACACAGGGUCACUGUGGUGAUUCCAGAGGUCAGCCUACGGAUGGGCCCUGGGAAAUACUACGACACCAUCGCCUUCCCCGUACCUUACGACGAGGCUCACCUGCAUUAUGUGAUGUCCUCGCACAAGGACAUCAUGGAGAAAGACGCACAGUCUUUCAUGGAGAAGAUAAAGAAACGGAUCACUCAGAUCCAGAGGAUUGUAGGUUUUCUUCACACCACUGCAGAGAGCCUGCUGUUCAACAGCAGCCUCAUCUCUCAACUGGCUCAGCAGAAGUUUGAUGCCGUCUUGACUGACCCCAUGAUACCAACAGGCUCAUUGGUAGCUCYGAAAUUAGGUCUCCCCACCAUUAAUUUACUGAGAGGAACUCCAUGUUCGGCGGACAUGAAGGCUGCAGGCUGCCCCUCCCCGGCUUCAUACGUGCCCCGCUUUUUUACCAGCUACACAGACAAAAUGAARUUUAAGGAGAGAGUCAUUAACACUUUGGUGGCUUUAGUGGAGCCUUUGUUUUGUCGACUGUUAUACUGGCACUUUGACAACCUUGCCUACACGUUUCUGGAGGAGGAGGUGGGCAUCAUGGAAGUYUUGUCAGACUCUGAUAUCUGGCUGCUCAGGAUUGACUUCACUCUGGAGUUCCCCCGCCCCAUCAUGCCUAACAUGAUCCUGGUUGGUGGAAUCAACUGCAACGUGAGAAAUCCUCUUGCUGAUGAUUUGGAGGAGUGGGUCUCUAGUCAACAUGGGUUUAUCGUAUUCACCCUGGGCUCCAUAGUGUCAGAUCUGCCAGAAUACAUCACUUCUGUCUUUCUUGAUGCCUUCAGACAGAUUCCCCAGAAGGUGAUCUGGAGGUACACUGGCAAGGUUCCUGAGAAUAUCCCGAACAAUGUGAAGAUGAUGAAGUGGGUGCCUCAGAACGAUCUGCUGGCACACCAUGGAGUUCGAGCCUUCAUCACUCACGCCGGCUCACACGGCGUGUUUGAGGGUUUGUGUCAUGGAGUUCCGAUGUUGAUGGUGCCACUUAACGCAGACCAYCCUGACAACGCACAGAAGAUAGCUCACAGAGGAGCAGGACUCAUGUUGGAUAUCACUUCAAUGACCACAGAAAGCCUCCUGCAGGGACUGAACGAGCUCAUCAAUAACACCASGUACAAASAGAAUGUCCAGAAGCUGUCAGCCCUUCAUAACGACCGGCCGGUGGACCCACUCGAUCUCUCAGUGUACUGGACAGAAUAUGUGAUGAAACAUAAAGGGGCAAAGCACCUCAAAGCUGCUGUCCGUGACCUCAAAUGGUUCCAGUACUUCAGUCUGGAUGUAAUAACAUUUCUGGCUACUAUCAUGCUGGUCUCCAUAACUCUAACAGUGAAAUGUUUGAUGUUUUGUUUCCGAAAACUGAACAAGAAAAAGAAGCAGGACUAGGACUUUUCCACCCUCAUCAAUUUGUUAAUAAACAAACAACGGAGCAUUUAGGCUCCUACACCUCAGAAACCUUCUUCAAAUGAUGUUUUUUAUUUGUUGAGAAGUAUGGAUCAUGCAGUUUAUUCAUUGUAGAAUCUGUGAAUUUAUGAUCUAGCUCUUGGUCUUUUGAAGAAAUCAGUGGACGAGCAUUUACCUGGAUUACUCACAUCUGGCUUGUCAUACCGCACCUCUUCAGCCUGGUUUGGCCUUUGUGAAACGGAUGAACAGGAUGAACUUAUCAAGUGAAGUCAAACUUGGGCUGAGUCCAAAACGGGAGGCUGGGUCCUCUGAAUGACCCAACCUUCCCGGUCUAGGUGAGCCAGGUCCUUGGUAGACCGCGAAGACUGGAAAAAAGAGGCUGUGAAUUUGGACGGUCUAGCCUCCUGUCCUUACCCCGGCAUAUCGCCUAUAGAAACUGUGACGACGCUAAACAGAAGCAAAAUUAGAUUAAAAAUUAACAAAUAUUACAUUUAAAUUAACUUUAAAUGUAAUAUUUGAAGAACUAAUGAACCUACCGUAGGUGCAUGUUUUUUACACCAUAUAAGUUUUUUUCUGACAAAAAUAAUAUUUAAAAACAUGUCAAUACAAAUGAUAAAUGUUUUAAAACACAACCACUUGAGUUCUGACGUGGCGAACAUUUACCUCACAUGGUUGAUCAGCUGUUCCCACUGUCCGGUACCGGUCCCAGUACCAGCUUCAGCUCGGCUGCACCCGUGACUGCAGCUAUACUCUCCCCCCGCUGACUGUCGGCGUCUUCUCAGUUAUUCUCGUAAUGUGAAGAGAAUUGCAUUUCUUUUUCUAUGUCUCCAGACAGCAUGUAACGUCGCCGGGACUAGUUGAAAAGAGAAUAAUUACAACUUUCCAGAUAGUAGCAACACAUUUCUGAUAACUUCUCUCCAUCCCAGRGAGUUUGUGACUUCUACUUCAUGUUUCCUACAGACGAGCAUCUGACGUAAUGACACGUUGCGUAGCCUGGCUGAUUCACUUGAAUUUWAAAAAAAAUCCUGUAUCCACAUCGUAAUCUGGAACAUCACCAAAAUUUAAUGGAGUCUUCCUUUGGCCAAAACGCACCUGUUGUAAAAAAAUAAAUAAAUCAUGAAAAUCUGUC